AUGCGCUCCGCCGCGCUCUGCCUGUUCAUCGUGCACAGGGGACUCAUCGUGUCCACUAUGCAGUUCGCGGGGCUGGCGCGCCUGCUGCUGGUGCACGGCCGCCGCUCCGCCAUGCGCUCCGCCGCGCUCUGCCUGUUCAUCGUGCACAGGGGACUCAUCGUGUCCACUAUGCAGGCUGUAUUCUCCGUGGUGUUCUACUUCUCCUCUGUAUCUCUGUACCCUGGAUUCUUGAUGGUCGGCUAUGGAACUCUGUUUACUAUGCUCCCUGUGUUCUCAUUAGUAUUGGAUAAAGAUAUACCAAGUACGACGGCGCUCCGAUACCCACAGCUAUAUAAACAGCUGACGAAAGGCCGGCAGCUCUCUUACAAAACGUUUUACAUAUGGACUGGCAUAUCUAUAUAUCAGGGAGGAGUAAUAAUGUAUGGAGCUCUUGUUUUGUUCGAGGACCAGUUGAUCCAUAUCGUGGAGAUCAGUUUCACAGCUUUGAUUCUCACAGAGCUGAUCAUGGUGGCGCUGACGGUGGUCACGUGGCAUUGGCUCAUGAUAGGGGCUGAACUCUUCAGUCUCCUUACGUAUAUAGGCACGCUGCUUAUUUUCACAACGUAUUUUGACGCCGACUUCAUACGUCAUUGGGACUUUUGGUGGAAGGUAAUCGUUAUAACGUUGGUGUCCUGCCUACCGCUGUAUAUAGUCAAGUACAUGCACAGAAAGUGGAGCGCCCGCCAGUACAAAAAUAUAAGAAAAUGA